AUGGAUGAAUUAAUAAAUGAAAAUAAAGAGUUAAGAAAACUCAUUAAUCAACAAAAUGAUUUAAUUUUAAAUUUACAAUCUCAAAUUAAAAUUUUAUUAAAAUCACAUUUAUCACCUACAUCAUCAUCAUCUUCAGCUAAUAAUAGUAAUAAUAACAAUAACAAUAAGAAUAAUACUAAUACAACUAAUAGAAUUGAUACAACCAAUAAUAAGGGUAAUUUAAAAUUAUCUAAUGAUAUAUCCAAAAAGGAUGAAUUAUUAUCAACAAAUUUAUCUUCGUACUCAAGUAAUUAUAGUCCUCCAUUACCGCCGAUUUUACCAUCGUCACCAACUAAAACACCUUUAGGUUUAUCAAUGUCAUUAUUUGGAGAUGAUGAAGAAGAAGAAGAAGAAGACCAAGAUUUAAAUAAUUCUUCUACAUCUAAUUUAAUAACUAAUAUAACUACACCAAAACCAAAUAUUUCAAAUAAUAGUCUUGUGGAUGAAUUAAAAAUACCAACACCAAGUCAACAAUUGCAAGAAUUACAAAAGGAACAAAAGGAACAACAACAAAAACAAAAUCAACAAUUACAACAGCACUUGAAAAAUUCUUCAUCUAUACAAUCAUUUUCAUCCAAUUCAUCAUCUUCAAAUAUUUUAAGUUCAAAACCUACCACUACUGCAAGUGAUAAUACAGUUACAAACUCACCACAAGACGUUCCAAUGAGAUCAGGAAGAAGAUUAAAUCAGCCAACUAUAAAUAAUAUCAACAGUAAUUUCAACAAGGAUAUGGAAAAAGAUUCAAUAGAUAAUUCAUCUAUAAAGUCAGUUUCUUCGAAAUCAACUUCUUUUUCAAAUUUACCUACAUCUAUAUCAAAUACAAGUAAUUUAUCUUCAAGAUAUGGUGAUCGAAAAUUACAAAAUUCUAUGAAUUCAGACAAACAUUCAAUUGAUAAUUCUACAGUGAAUGAAGAAGCUGACAAAAUGAAAGAUGAAGAGGAUCAAGCUAAUAAUACAUCGAUUGCGGAUACAUCUAUUAAUAAAUCUGGAUAUACUUUAAAUUCAAUAAAUUCAAUAGAUUCGUCUUCAAAAAUUGAUGAUACUAUUGAAAGUCAAUUAAGUCAAAUAUCUGAUGCUAUUAAAUCUCAUACUGAUUUAUUAUCUUCAACUUUAUCAAAUACAACUAUAUCAAACUCUAAUAAUAAUGUUUUACCAAAAGCUCAAAAUACAAGGAUAUAUUCUCAUGAUAAUAAAAUUACAAGAUCAACUUCAAAUGCUGCAUCAACUUAUAUGUCAUCAAGAAUCAAACCACCUACUAAUGAACCACCACAAGUUACUCAAUUACAAUCAUUAUCCAAAAAACUUUCAAAUACUUCACAACCAUCACCUACACUUGAUUUAGCACCACCAACAUCAUUAAAAUUAGCAUUUAGUGAGAAAAAUGAUUCAAAAUCUAAUGUUUCAUCAUAUACUACUCCAACAAGUCAAGAAAUUCCAACUUUUAGUAAUUACUCAAAUAAUAAAGAAUAUGCAGUUACACCUGAUGGUUUUAAUGAUAAUACUAAAUUUGAUAAUUUUGCUUCACCAAAUUUAACUACUGAUAAUUAUAAUAAUUUUAAUUCUCCAAUGUACAAUUACCAAAAUAUCGCAACUUUCCAACAACCUAAUAAUCAAAAUUAUCAACUGGUGUCAAAUCAAUAUCCACAACAACCAUAUCCAAACACACACCAAAAUUAUCAAAAUUCAAAUUCACAACAACCAUAUUAUGAUCAACCACCACCUAAUCAACGUCUAGCACCACCUUAUGACUUGAGUAACCAACCAAAUCUAACUCCACAACAACUGAGCAAACAAUUCAACAAUCAUCUGCAACAAAGUUUCUCAAGACCAUCUUAUCAAACACCAACAUCGUCAACUAAUAACAUCAACAACACAAGUCCCCAUACUCCAAGUGGUUCUAGUUUCAAUGUAUUACACACCCCAAAGACAGAUAUGGAUGAAUCAUUGUUAUUUAUAAAACCUGAUGAAUUUCAAACGAUAUUUAUAAAAGUCGUCAGUACAAUACAUGUCAACUCAUCAAACAUUCAACAUAAUUCAUCAUCAUCCAAAAAAUCUGAAGAUCCAAAAAUUACAUUAACUAUUAAUGAUAGAGAAUCUAACAAGGAAAUGUGGAGAAUACGAAAGAACCUCUCUCAAAUAUUAACAUUUGAUUCAGAAAUUAGACCAAUUGUUGAAUUUUUCGGGUUGGGUUCAUUACCUGAUAAACAAAGCUUUUUAUCUACUACACCAAGUAAAAUAGAAACAAGAAGAUCAAUAUUACAAAAUUAUUUCAAUUCAGUGUUUUUAAUGCCGCAUAUUCCUCAUAUGGUAUUAUACAAAAUUUGUUUAUUUUUAUCAUUAGAUUUUUUGAAUCCCUUAGAUGAUUUUAAAAGUGGAUCGAGGAAAGAAGGAUUUUUGGUACGUCGUUACAAAGGGUUAGGAAAUAGUUGGAAAAUAAGAUGGUGUCAAAUAGAAAGUAACUACCUUGAAAUAUAUCAUCAUCCAGGUGGUCAAUUACAAGAAUCAAUCCAAUUAACAAAUGCGCAAAUUGGUAGACAAGCAUCAGAUUCAGUUGCAGAUGAUAAAGGUUAUAGACAUGCUUUCUUAAUAAUGGAAUCAACAAAAUCAAAAUUACAUACAACACCAAGUAAACAUUUUUUUUGUGCAGAAACCGAUGAAGAAAGAGAUGAUUGGGUAACUGCAUUAAUUGAGUUUACGGAACCUUCACCAUCUGCUGAAUCAUCUCCUCAAAAAUCAAGAAUUGAAGUUGAUGAAAUUCCAACUCCUGUUGAAUAUGAUAAAAAGUUUUCUUAUGAUAAUUAUAGCACGAACAAUAACAAUAAUACUAGCUUUAAUCCAAAUGCUUAUGGCGAUCAAGUAUCUACGAAGACAUCAACUUCAAAUGAAGAACAAUCUAAAAAAUUGAAAAAAAGAAGUUAUUUUUCAUUUAGAGGUAGAACAAAUUCGAAUGCUGACGAAUCUUUGCCUGGUGGACCACCACAAUCUUCAGCACUGUAUCAACAACAACAACAAAACCCUUCGAAAUCACAAAUUUUUGAUAAUAACAACCAAUACAACAACCUGUACAAUUACAACAACCAAUCACUAAAUAAUUUACCCGCACCAAACUAUAACAAUGGAUAUAAUUCAUCAAUACCACCAACAACUCAACCAGAUACUUCAAACUCAAUGCAACAAUAUUUAAAUGACUUAGAUUUAGGUAACGACAUCACAAAAUCAAUAUUUGGAAAAGAACUUGAAUUAGCAUAUAAUUUAUCAAAUCAUGAAUAUAUGGGUAAACGGAUUCCAUCAAUUUGUUUCCGAUGUUUAGAUUAUUUAAAUAAAACAGGUGCAAUUUUUGAAGAAGGUAUAUUUAGAUUAAGUGGAUCAGCAUCAACUAUACGACAACUCAAGGAAAAUUUUAAUACUUCAUAUGAUUUAGAUUUAUUUUCUAGUUCAUUAAAACCUGAUAUGCAUACUGUUUCUGGAUUAUUUAAAACUUAUUUAAGAGAAUUACCAAAUCCAAUUUUAGGAGUUGAUGUAUAUAAUCAAUUAAAUCAAGCUAUAUUAUCUAACAAUUCAAAAUCUAAAACAUCAACUCAUUUUAAAGAGAUACUUAAUAGUUCUCAAACAUCACAAAUAAAUUAUGAUUUAUCGUAUUGCAUUUUCAAGUUUUUGAAGAGUAUAAUGGCUGAAAACUCAAUUAAUAAAAUGAAUUUAAAAAAUAUAUGUAUUGUAUUUGUCCCGACUUUGAAUUUAAGUUUAGAAGUGUUGAGUUUAAUUUUAAUUGAUUUUGAAUAUAUUUUUGAGAAUGGUUCAAACCCUGUACUGGAUUCAAAUAGAGAGGUUUUGGAUUUACAUAUACCUACUUUUUAA